AGCAAGUUCUUUGUUUGUCUUUCUACCAAUAGAGCGUAGUGCCAACCAACAACCAUCCGAACCAUUCGACAAACAGUCAAAUCACGACGAGUUACCGCCCCUGCGGUGUUCCCAUAGAAAAUGCAACAAGGACUUUUUUCCCCGCAUUCUCUUUGACCUGUCCAGCCUAUCUCGGCUCUACUCGUAUUAUUUACCACCAACUACUGCAGCAUAGCUCCCCCAAAUUCACGUCAUAUGCUCACUUGUAGCCAGGGCAUCUGCAAGGGUGAUAAACAUGACCACUCAGGAAUUCUCUGCAAACAACGCAGCGUGGUUAGGCUGGCGCCGAUCUGCGGUCUAGAAACUCCAGCUGGAAAAAAAAAACAAAGAAAUAGGUCAAAUUGACGGGUUCAAAUAUCACUGGCCGCCUCGCCCUCCUUUUGCUUGGGGUAACCCCAGAUUUACGUCUCUUGGUAUGUCUUAUCCAUCACUCGUUCUUGGAGAUUUCCCCAAGACUUCGAAGUCAGGUACAAUGCGUCUUCUACCCUUACUAUUCGCCCUCUCCGGAGGGUUCCCCUCGGUCUCAGCGCAAUGUCCUGAUUACUCGAAAUAUUCGAUGGCUAAGCACGAGCCAUUCUCGACAGGGAAGUAUCAUCUUUCUUACCAGAGGCCAAUUGCCGCGUGUCGGACGGCCAAUAUUUCGGAUGUCGAGAAGACUAUCCAAGAUAUGAAGGCGGUGGUGAAGGACCCAGACUUAUACCGACUAUUUGAAAAUUCCUUCCCAAAUACAUUGGACACUACCGUGAAAUGGAAAGGCUAUGCGGCAGAUGACUCGACGGAAGAGGUCGGAGAUAUUGUAGCUAUGUGGCUCCGUGAUUCAGCCAACCAAUUGCGUAGCUAUAAGUCGCUGCUCAAGGCCGACAAUUCUCCCAAUUCGUUAGCAUCUCUCUACCGCGGUGCGAUCAACUUACAGGCGCGAUACAUCAUUCGGAAUCCGUAUUGUAAUGCGUUCCAAGCACCCGCCGAGUCUGGUUUACCACCGGAGAGCAACGGAUUUGCGGAUACCGAUCAGGUGACGCCCCCUUACAACACCAGCUUUGUUUUCGAGUGCAAGUACGAGCUCGACUCCAUCUCGGCUUUCCUGCAAUUAUCGUACGACUAUUAUAGCAAGACCAAGGAUGUGCAUUUCUUUGGCAAGUACCAAUGGGUUAAGGUUGUCGAGACAAUUCUCAACGUGGCGGAGGGUCUUCUAGUCGGAACGUACGCUGACGACGGAUCCGUCAAUGUGUCGCCGUAUACUUUCCAACGAGGGAGUACCAGCGCAACGGAGACUCUUUCGAAUACCGGAGCCGGGAAUCCGGUGAAAAGCGGCACCGGGUUAGUUCGCAGCGCAUUCCGGCCUUCGGACGACUCGACCAUCUACCAGCUGUUCAUUCCCGCGAACAUGCAAUUCUCGAGCUAUCUCGGAAAAUCCGCCAAGAUCAUGGCGGCACACAACCCCAGACUUGCAACGCGCAUGAGCCUCUUCGCGCGCAGCGUGCGAGCGGGAAUUGAAAGGCACGGUAAGGUGCACCACGAUGUCUUCGGAGAGAUAUACGCGUACGAGAUCGACGGGUUCGGGUCGCGAAACAUGAUGGACGAUGCCAACGUCCCGAGCUUACUGAGCGCGCCGCUUCUAGAUUAUCUAGACGCAUCCGACGGGACGUAUCAGAGAACGCGUAAAUUUGUGCUUUCGACGUGGAACCCGUAUUAUAUGCACGGGCCUGUGCUGAAUGGUACCGGAGGUCCUCACGUGGGGCCUGGAAGGGCCUGGCCAAUGUCGAUCAUCACGUCACUCUUGACCUCCGAUGAUGACGAAGAGAUCAUGACCGGCCUGCAGGAACUGGUAUCAUCGACCGACGGUCUGGGGUUGAUUCACGAAUCUGUAAAUACGUUUAAUGCGUCGGUAUGGAGCCGAGAGUGGUUCUCCUGGGCCAACGGAUUAUUCGGUGAGAUGCUGCUGGGACUGAGGGAUAGGAAACCUCAUUUACUUGAGACAAGCUUCCAGUAGGCGUCCAUAGAACGUGGUUGAAGGGGGUAAUAUGCGAGUUGUCGUUACAUAAAAAUAGAUAUAAUUUAUAUUUAAUGGCCACGUCAAGUUUGUUAAGGCAACUAGUUGGUGUCAGCUGGUUAUCUCGUUGGUGUUGUGCGUAAAAUGGAAUAAGACCGUGCUUAGGGCUACC